GUGCUGGGCGCGCGGCCCGCGCAGGCCGGUGGCGGCGAUGCCGGACCCCGCGGCGCACCUGCCCUUCUUCUACGGCAGCAUCUCGCGCGCCGAGGCGGAGGAGCACCUGAAGCUGGCGGGCAUGGCCGACGGGCUGUUCCUGCUGCGCCAGUGCCUGCGCUCGCUGGGCGGCUACGUGCUGUCGCUGGUGCACGACGUGCGCUUCCACCACUUCUCCAUCGAGCGCCAGCUCAACGGCACCUACGCCAUCGCCGGCGGCAAGGCGCACUGCGGCCCCGCCGAGCUCUGCGAGUUCUACUCGCGCGACCCCGACGGGCUGCCCUGCAACCUGCGCAAGCCGUGCAACCGGCCCGCGGGCAUGGAGCCGCAGCCUGGGGUCUUCGACUGCCUGCGCGACGCCAUGGUGCGCGACUACGUGCGCCAGACCUGGAAGCUGGAGGGCGAGGCCCUGGAACAGGCUAUCAUUAGCCAGGCCCCCCAGGUGGAGAAGCUCAUCGCCACCACGGCCCACGAGCGGAUGCCCUGGUACCACAGCAGUCUGACGCGCGAGGAGGCCGAGCGCAAACUCUACUCAGGCUCGCAGACCGACGGCAAGUUCCUGCUGAGGCCCCGGAAGGAGCAGGGCACGUAUGCGCUGUCCCUCAUCUACGGGAAGACGGUGUACCACUACCUGAUCAGCCAGGACAAGGCCGGCAAGUACUGCAUCCCUGAGGGCACCAAGUUCGACACGCUGUGGCAGUUGGUAGAGUACCUGAAGCUGAAGGCUGAUGGCCUCAUCUACUGCCUGAAGGAGGCCUGUCCCAACACCAGCGCCAGCGCCGCUGCAGGGGCCGCUGCACCCACUCUUCCAGCCCACCCGUCCACGUUCACGCAGGCUCAGAGACGGGUGGACACCCUCAACUCCGACGGAUAUACCCCUGAGCCAGCACGCCUGGCGUCCUCAGACAAGCAGCGGCCGAUGCCCAUGGACACAAGUGUGUACGAGAGCCCCUACAGCGACCCCGAGGAGCUCAAGGACAAGAAGCUCUUCCUGAAGCGUGAGAACCUCCUCGUGGCCGACAUUGAACUUGGCUGUGGCAACUUUGGCUCAGUGCGCCAAGGCGUCUACCGCAUGCGCAAGAAGCAGAUCGACGUGGCCAUCAAGGUGCUGAAGCAGAGCACGGAGAAGGCGGACAAGGACGAGAUGAUGCGGGAGGCGCAGAUCAUGCACCAGCUGGACAACCCUUACAUCGUGAGGCUCAUCGGCGUGUGCCAGGCCGAGGCGCUCAUGCUGGUCAUGGAGAUGGCCGGCGGCGGGCCUCUGCACAAGUUCCUUGUCGGGAAGAAGGAGGAGGUCCCCGUCAGCAACGUGGCGGAGCUGCUGCACCAGGUGUCCAUGGGGAUGAAGUAUCUGGAAGAGAAGAACUUCGUGCACCGCGACCUGGCCGCGCGCAACGUCCUGCUGGUCAACCGGCACUAUGCCAAGAUCAGCGACUUCGGCCUCUCCAAGGCCCUGGGGGCAGAUGACAGCUACUACACUGCGCGCUCAGCGGGGAAGUGGCCGCUCAAGUGGUACGCGCCUGAGUGCAUCAACUUCCGCAAGUUCUCCAGCCGCAGCGACGUCUGGAGCUACGGGGUCACCAUGUGGGAGGCCUUCUCCUAUGGCCAGAAGCCCUACAAGAAGAUGAAGGGCCCCGAGGUCCUGGACUUCAUCAAGCAGGGCAAGCGGAUGGAGUGUCCCCCCGAGUGUCCGCCCGAAAUGUACGCGCUCAUGAGCGACUGCUGGAUCUACGAGUGGGAGGAUCGUCCCAACUUCCAGAUGGUGGAGCAGCGCAUGCGAACCUACUACUAUAGCUUGGCCAGUAAGGCCGAGGAGCCUGCGCAGAGUGGACGAGGGGUGGAGGCUCCGUGCGCCUGAGCCAGCCCAGCCCAUCCUGUGGACCCCACCCCAGCUACCCGCCUCUGCCCUCAGCCAUCCUAGGACCUGCAGGGUGCUGAGGCCAGCUCAGGUCCUCUCCCCAGACCAGCGUGGCUGUGGGAAGGGACAUCAGGCCUCAGACCCCCUCAAAUUCCCCACCCGGUCCCUGUACUGUUGGGCCAGGGAAGGAAGGGAGCCUGGGAGGUGGGUAUGCAGCCUGGUCCUGGGCUGAGGGGCCACCCUCACCAGGGGGGCCGUCCUCGGGACCCUGAAGGGGGCUGG